AUGAUGGCUCCCGUGUGCAGCCUUCCCAGCAAGUUUAACAGCACAAUUGACACAAAAGACAGGAGUGAAGCAGUUCCCGAUACGCUGCCUGUUGGUGCAAACUCGCCCCAGAGACCUCCGCAUGGGCUCUAUGCCGAGAAGCUCUCAGGCACUUCAUUCAUCGCCCCCCGUAAUGAGAACCAGCAGACCUGGCUGUACAGGAUCCUACCAUCCGCGGCCCAUCUCCCCUACAAGUCUGUGGGCGAGAACAAAGCGACUCUCGGUGACUUGACUAAGGCCCACCAUAUCCCCACGCAGCUGAGAUGGGACCCCUUCGACCUCGACGACUCACAUGACUGGGUAACCUCUCUGAAGCUGCUCGGCGGCGUCGGAAACCCGGCCACCAAGACUGGUCUCAGCGUCAUGGACAUCCAGACCGAGCUUGGCCAUAUCUUCUUGCGCCCAAAUGAGAUCGCCGUCAUUCCGCGUGGUAUCAAGUAUCGAGUCACACAACCAUCAAGCGCUGUCAGAGGCUACAUCAUGGAGCUUUACGAUGGCCACUUCAAGCUGCCAGAGCUCGGCCCUAUCGGAUCGAAUGGCUUGGCGAAUGCCCGUGACUUCCAAGUUCCCACCGCCUCCUUUGACGAGGAUACUAGCUCAGAAUGGAUCGUGUACUGUAAGUACAAUAACAAGAUGUUCGAGGCUAUGCAGAACAAAACCCCAUUCGACGUUGUCGGCUGGCAUGGGCUUUACUACCCCUACAAGUAUGAUCUUGGUCGGUUCAACGUCAUCGGAAGCACCAGCUUCGACCACCCUGAUCUGAGCAUUUACACCGUGCUCAAUAACCCAAUCGCCGACUUUGUCAUCUUCCCUCCGCGCUGGCUUGUGCAGGAGGAUACCUUCCGACCACCGUGGUACCACCGAAACACCAUGUCCGAGUUCAUGGGCCUGAUCAGGGGUGAGUACGACGCCAAAGCCGGCGGAGGCUUUAAGGCUGCCGGCGCCAGUCUUCACAAUGUUAUGAGCGCCCACGGGCCAGACGCCGAGACUCACGAGAAGGCCAGUAAUGCAAAGCUGAGUCCUACAAAAGUUGGUGAGGGCAGCAUGGCCUUUAUGUUUGAGAGCCCGCUGAUGAUUGGAGUGACGGAAUGGGGCCUUAAAUAA